UGGCAGGGCCCGGACACCUGGGACCGCCCCCACCCGGCACCCCGCGGUGUCGCCUUCCCGGGCGGCUCGGAUUCCCGGAUCCCCUUACCCCAGCGGCUCGGCUGUCGGGCCCCGGGCCGGGGGAGGGGGAGGCUGCAGGAAGCGGCGGAUCCGGCGGCGGCUGUGGCCCGGGUGGCCGAGCUCCGGCCAUGGAGAGCGCAGCGGCCCCUGAGGCCCGGGGCGCCGAGGCCCCGCGCCCGCCCGCGCCCCCGCCGUCGCCCGCCGAGCCCCCAGCCGCGCCCCGCGCCCGCCCGCGCCUGGUUUUCCGCACGCAGCUGGCGCACGGCAGCCCCACGGGCAGGAUCGAGGGCUUCACCAACGUCCGCGAGCUCUACGCCAAGAUCGCCGAGGCCUUCGGGAUCGCGCCCACCGAGAUCCUCUUCUGCACCCUCAACAGCCACAAAGUAGAUAUGCAGAAACUCCUGGGCGGCCAGAUCGGGCUGGAGGAUUUCAUCUUUGCCCACGUGCGCGGCGAGACCAAGGAAGUGGAGGUCACGAAGACCGAAGACGCCCUGGGGUUGACCAUCACGGACAAUGGGGCCGGCUACGCCUUCAUUAAGAGGAUCAAGGAGGGCAGCAUCAUCAACCGGAUGCAGGCCGUGUGCGUGGGCGACAGCAUCGAGGCCAUCAACGACCACUCCAUCGUCGGCUGCCGCCACUACGAGGUGGCCAAGAUGCUCCGCGAGCUGCCCAAGUCACAGCCCUUCACCCUGCGCCUGGUGCAGCCCAAGAGAGCCUUCGAUAUGAUUGGCCAGCGGAGCAGAAGCAGCAAAUGCCCCACGGAUGCAAAAGUGACCAGCGGGAGGGAGACCCUGCGACUGCGUUCCGGGGGGGCCGCCACAGUGGAGGAAGUGGUGAGUGAAGGGGAGGGGGGGGCGCCCCGGAGGGGCGACGACCUGCUGGAGAGCUACAUGGGCAUUCGGGACCCCGAGCUGGCGUCCACCAUGGUGGACACAGCCAAGAAGACGCCGAGCGUCCAAGAGUUUGCGCACCGUUUAGAUUCCGUCUUGGGCGAGUUUGCCUUCCCGGACGAGUUUGUGGUGGAGGUGUGGGCCGCCAUCGGCGAGGCCAGGGAGGCCUGCGGCUAG